AUGCAGUUACGAACAUUGAUGUCUCGGUCACGUCGGAUGUUUAUCAAAAGUCGGUGCCCUUCUCAAAAUCGCCUCGACUCCACAAUCGGCAGUAAGGUUGACCAAUUAUCGACCAUUCGUUAUGGCACACAAGCAAUGCCACCGAAUGUAGAGUUACGGCUGAUGCCGCUCGGAGGCUCAGUCACAUAUGGUGUUGGAUCUUCAGAUGGAAAUGGAUACAGGAAGUUCCUGCAAGAUCUUCUUCUUGCCAAUGGCUAUCAAGUCCGCAUCGUUGGCUCACGCAAGGCUGGGUCUAUGCACAACAACGAAAACGAAGGAUGGCGUGGGUAUCGGCUCGACCAGAUCGAAAGUAAAGCUAGACGAUCCAUCGCGACUGUCAAGCCUAACCUGUUCACAAUCAACGCCGGAUCUAACGACUGUCUCCAGAACUUUCAAAUUGAUGCUUUUGGGGAGCGAAUGGACAAUAUGCUUGAAUAUUUUUGGCAUACCUCUCCCUUCUCUACAGUCGUUUUAUCAACGCUGCUAGUAAACGCGGACAAGCAAGUGAACUCCCGGGUUCUACGCAUCAACAGUAGUCUCCGGGACUUGGUUUUAUCAAAGGAAGCCGAACGAAAAAGGAUAGUUCUUGCAGACAUGUAUAGUCCUGAAGGUCCGCAACUCAAUGAUUUGAUGGAUGGCACCCAUCCCAACGACGAAGGGUACAAGAAGAUGGCUGAUAUCUGGUUCAACGCCAUUCAGCAGGCCCGUAGGAACCAACUUUUCGACAAAUAA